UCCAAUCUGUCUACUGGUUCUGUCCGGGUUGUGUCUCAGCCCUCUCUUGUGUAUCUGACUCAAAUCCUGGUUGAGGUUUUCAGGUCCAAUUGCUCAGGAGGUUAUGGUUUUGAGUCACAGCACAGUGUGUGUGUGUGUGUGUGUGUGUGUGUGUGCAGAGCUGAGGGAGGACAUGAGCGAGUGAACACAGCGAUGUAAGAGUAAGUGUGAAAGUGAGAAGCUGCAGCUGAGCUCUGUGAUGCAGAUCAGGUGGAAACUCUGCCAGAAAAACACUUCUGCUUGUUGAUGCUAAACCCCCACUGCGUGCAGCACACCGCUGCUCUGACAUCGUUCAAACAGAACCUCACUAAGCCAUGUGGUUGUGGAGCCGUCGUGUUGUGUGAGAGUGUUUGUGCAGGUACAGGAUUGGGAGAGAGUCCCCGGGUUCAGCGCUGUGUAAAAGUCUGAACUCCAGAGAACCAGAGAACCAGAGAACCCUGGACUGGAGCUGCUCUCAGUGCACUUGGUGUUGAAGGCGGAUCAGUUUGGGACGCGCCCGAGUGUGAGAGCGCGUCGUCCUGUCCCGGCGUCUCUUUCCUCAGCAUCAUCAUCAUCAUCCUCCUCAUCCUCAUCCUCAGGGUGUCGGGGUGAUGCUGAGCGGCUCCUCGGUGAUGCUGAUGGUGUGUGUGGAUGCUGCCUGAGCGGCUGGAGGACAGGAGACCGGAGAGGAGACAGGAGGACAGGAGAGGACAGGAGGACAGGAGGAGGAGGAGACAGGAGGAGAUCCUGCUCGGUGUCGGGUUUGUGCGCUUGCGUGCGUCGCUCCGGUGGAAUGAGAAGCUGCUGCGACCAUGAUGGAAGGACUGAAGAAGCGAACCCGAAAGGCGUUCGGGUUACGCAGGAAAGAGAAGGACACUGACUCCACGGGUUCACCAGAGAAAGACAAAUCAAAAAAGGCCAACGGUGCUCCGAACGGGUUCUACGGCGAGAUAGACUGGGAUCGAUACAAUUCCCCCGAUGUGGAUGAUGAAGGCUACAGCAUCAGACCUGGAGAGCAAGGAGGAACCCCAGGCAAAGCCAAAACGUUUUUCUCAUCCAGCGAGUCCGAGGGUGAGGAGGAGCCAGGGAAGAAGUUUAAGAUCAAGAUCAAGCCCCUGGCGCCAGAUAACGGCACCAUGUCCACAGUGGAUGCGCUCAAGGCCUCCGUGGGCACGCUGGCCAUCUCCACCUCGCCUUUGGUGAAGAGUCCGAGGCGCAGCCCAUGUCCACUGAAAAGAACUAUUUCAAGUGAGGAGAUCGCCAGGCCGAGACGUUCCACUCCAACACCCACUCUUACCCCGGGACCGGGUCCUGACACACCAAAUAAAAGGUUAUCAGACAACGCUACAGCUUUUUUCGACUCUUCAUUUGAAACAAACUUCGAAGCACAGAACUCAGAAGUGUUUGUAGCGGAGCCGGAGCUGUGGUGUCGAUCAGCGCCGCGCAACUUCUCCCCGCUAAACAGACGCUUCCCCACAGGAGCUCCACCUCCUCUUCCUCCGAAGAACAUUCCUGCCACUCCACCCAGCUACAGAUCCAGCUCUCUGGAAUCGUCAGGUUACUACAGUGUUGUUCCAAGCGUAAGAGGAGAAGGAUCGUCUUCUAUCUUUCGGGACGUUCUGCUAUCAGACCCAACAGGGGGACCUGCUCUUCCUGACAUGGACAGUGUAUUUACCCUUUCAGAGACCCCAAAAUCCGAAUCAGAGCUGUUGCAGUCCAACUGGGUCAAUUUCACAGACAGGGCAACCUCCAGGCCUCCACCCCCUAAUGAGCCAGCUCCUUCCCCACCUCUCUCAUCCUCUUCUGAGGACACACCCCCAACUUCACCUCCUGCUUUAUCUCCUCCUCCUCCUCUCCACCCUAUCCCCCCACCUGAAUCACCACCUCCCCCACCCCCGGAUUCACCCUCAGACGCUCUAUCCCCUGAUAAUCAGCCACUACCUUCCAGACUCCACCUCCAAGAGUCCUGCUUUUCCAUGGCCACUCCUUCCAGUCUACCCAGCCCUGGCAUGCCCCCUUUCCCCGCUGUCCCCCCUCCUCUGGGACCAAGGGAUGAAGCCAGACGAACACCAGACUCUUUUGGAAUAAGAGAGGAAAUGCUUUUACUUUCCACCUCACCCAAAGACCCUGGGAUGGGGGGUUUGCGUGGCACACCACCUCCCCUGCCCCCUCUCACCUACAGGAGUGUGGUUGUCUCCCCAGGACCAGGCAGCCGGCCUUCGUCACCUGCACGUCCUGGCACUCCAUUAUCAGCAGGUAGCCCAAUACCACCUCUUCCACCCCGGCCAUCUUCACGGCCCAAACUUCCCCCUGGCAAACCAAACGUGGCAGACUUGGCUUGGACUUUCAACGCUCCUGUCCAUUCAUGGAGUCCUCCACCCUUUGCUCCCCUGGCCAGAGCAGAAAGCAGCUCCUCAAUUUCUUCUAUCACUUCCCUUAGUGCUGCCUCCACACCCACACUUGGCAGAGAGUUUAACCUCUCUGUCUCAGUCUGUUCGAGAGGACCGAGUCCCCUCACCAUGGGCCCCCAGGACACCCUACCGGUGGCAGCAGCCUUCACAGAGACCAUCAGCGCCUACUUCAAAGGAGCCGACCCCAGCAAGUGUGUGGUGAAGAUAACUGGCGAGAUGGUUUUGUCAUUCCCGGCAGGGAUCACAAGGCAUUUCUCGAAUCAGCUGAGUCCUCCGGUGUUGACCUUCACCAUCAGUCAUUACAGCCGACUGGAGCAGGUCCUCCCCAACCCUCAGCUGCUCUGCUGUGACCCGAUGCCUGCCGUCUCUGACUGUAAAGAGUUUCGAGUGAACAUGCCCAACCUGUUGGCUCAUCUCAAGAAGGUGGCGGACCAGCGGCCCCAGGCUACGUACUAUAAUGUGGACAUGCUGAAGUACCAGGUGUUGGCUCGGGGGAUCCAGUCGACUCCGUUGAACCUUGCGCUGAGCUGGCGCGGCGAUGCUAACAGCACUGACCUCAGGAUAGAUUACAAAUACAACGCAGAGGCCAUGCCCAACCCCACACCCCUUACCAACAUCCACUUUCUGGUGCCAGUGGAUGGCGGUGUUGCCAAACUGCAGGCCAUGCUGCCUCCAGCCACAUGGAACCCAGAAUCCCAGAAGAUCCUAUGGAAGAUCUCAGAACUCUCGCAGAAAUCAGAAAAUGGAGGAGUGGGGGCGUUGUUGUGUCGCUUCCAGCUGACUGAUGGUCCGAGUAAACCGUCCCAGCUGGCGGUGCAGUUCACUAGUGAGGGCAGCACGCUGUCUGGCUGCGACUUCCAGCUGCUGGGAAGCGGAUACAGACUGUCCCUGGUUAAGAAACGCUUCUCGACAGGUAAAUAUCUGGCAGAUAACUGACGUUAGGCGACGACGGCGGCUCGUGGAACAGGCGGAGCGAUGGCGUUUUCAAACUCACCACUGAAGAGACUUAAUAUUUUUAACUUUCAAAGGAACCUGGAAUUUGAAAAAUAAUGGGACUCCGGCAUAGAUUAUUGUGUGUGUGUGUGUGUGUGUGUGUGAAGGCAAUUUCAGGAUAAAUGCAAUACAGCAAAAUUAUUUUUGCUGGGUUUAUGCACGAAGGCAGUGUUUCCUCUCAGAGCUUGAUAGUAUGUGCGUGUGUGUGUGUGUGUGUGUGUGUGUUUGUGACUUCAUAUCCCAGGCAUGUGCCGAUAAUCAGGUAUUUAAAUUAUUGCAAUAUUCACGAUUUUAAUAUUAAACUCAAGAUUAUUUUUUGUUCAACAAAUGAAAGUUUCCAACAAAUUUCAUAAACAUCAAAGACAUUAAAGGACUGUCAAUAAGACUGAAAAGGUUUACAAUUUAAGUUUUUUUAGGUCUUUUGUAGGGUAAGAUUUACCUAGCAAAUUUAAAGGGACCUGGAUGUUAUAAUUUGCUAGCUAGACUUUUUUAGCAAAUUAAGCUUCACAGUCAUUCCUAGGGUGAAAUUUUCCAUAAAAUUGACCAAAUGUAGAGAAUUACAGGAAUUAACUAGCUACUUACCUAACACUAAAAGUUAUACAAUAUUACAUGUAAUAUUAUUUUGUAACUAGCCUGUUUUUGUACGCUAGUUAGCAUUAGUUGCACUCCCGCCACAGAUGAUACAAUUCAGGUUGAAAUUCUAGGUGUGAAAAGUGUUUGUAUUGAAACAUGACAUGCACUGCGAUAAACCUGUUAGUUAACGUAAUACAGCCUAGCUGGCAAUAAAGGUAUCUUGCUAGCUAACUAGCAUUAGCUAGCCAGCCAGCUACAGUAUGUUGGCUUACUCCCUCAUGCAAAUGUUUAUUGAGAUCUAAAAAUGUAACCUCGGCACAUGCCUGGCGAUAUCGUGUCCUGUUAACCCCAGAGUUUGAUUAGCCAAUGUAAUCGAGGAAACGCUGAGGGGAUGUUCGGUUGUGUUUUAAAAGAAUUAAUUUUUCCCUCCAAAUCAAUGCAAAUAAGAUGUGUUUUACUAGAUGCUACAAUAUAUAAAUCAUGAUGAUACUGGACUUCAAAUUUACCUCAGAUUUUCUAACCAGUUCUAAACAAAUGUUGAAUUUAAGAGGAGCCUGGGCAGGAAAACAAAACAAAACAAACAGAAACCAAGCUUCGUAGACAUCAGAUUAGUUUCGUAUGAGUUUUGAUAUUAGCGUCGGUUGUGAGGUGACGUAUUUGUCUGUGAGGUUGAAAAAGCAGACAUUUGAUGACUAUUCCAUUAUUAGAUCUCGAUAAUACUCUGGAAUACAAUUUUCAUGCAACAUAGCGAUGCCUGAGCGUUUUCUAAUCACGCGUCUUGAAUCAGAAUGCUAAUCAUGUUGAUAAUUAAGCGACACAGAAUCUGUGUCCAGAUUUAAUGCAGCAUUCCGUAGUACGAACUAUUUAACAAUUUGAUUUUCCACAAUGUGGACUUUUUUUAAUUGUUUUUUUCCUUUUAUUUUUCUUUUCGUGUAGCAAUAUUGAUGAUCAUGUAUAAAUGUAAGAUAAGAAUUGUUAUAUGUAUGUCUAAAUGGAUAUACAGCUUCUCUGUAUUAUCAUAAGCCAAUGUUUAGUCAUUGGAGAAAAAAAUCAUGACAUCAAGCACUUUAUUUCAACGUUCAUUUUUAUUUUAUGCAUUUCUCAACAAAACACACAUUAUUUAUUAAGUGUGAAAAUGUCCAUUUUAUACAGUAUAUCUGAAAGUCAAAACUGCUGUUUUAGCAUGUUCCAUAUUUGACAUGUUCUAGGCAUCUAUUUUAAUUUUAUUUUCAAUUUGCGAUUGUGAAUCUCAGCUUUUAACCUUCCUUAGUUUCAGAACUAGCCACAUUGCCAGCUACAGGAUGUUCCUGAAAAGAAAACUAUUUAAAUGUAGUCAUUAUGACGAGAUUAAAUACACAUUUGACAACA